GGAGAGGGAGAGGGAGAGGGUGUCUGUGUGUCUUGAGGUUGACAAGUGGGAAGAAAUUUUUGUCCUUUACAGAAUUUGCUAGGACUUCAAGGGACGGGGCACUCCCUUGUGUCCUUUGCAGCAGCUCGGUGCAGUAUUUAUGCAUUCCCUUUAGAUGUGGCCCCGGGCCAGGUGCAUGGGGGCAGAGAGUCAGCUCUCAGCACGCAGUCCCUGCACAGCAAUGAGAUUAGUGGGCGAGGCAGAACUUGUGCAAGUCAGAAUUACAUAAUGCUGCUGACAGGCGUCUUUGAGGGGCCUUGGGAAAGAGCAGUGGGAAGCUGGUGAGUGGCUUGGAGGUUGGAGCCUCUGGGAUGACUUCACCCAGGUGUCCUAUAAAAGAGUGAAGCCCUUGCCAGGUGCUGGGAGCAAUGCCUGGCCAACGGCACUCAGUGAGCACCGGCGUUCGUGGUAAAUUUUUUGUUUCAUAGAACUCACAACUGAAGAUGGAGAGAGAUAUCUCUGAGGCCUAGAAUUGCGUGCCUCCCUCCACCCUGACUGCUCACAUGUACAUAUCCCUUAGAGCCGUGUUUCUCAACCUGUGGGUUGUGACUCCUUUGGAGAGCAAACAACCUGUUCACAGGGGUCGCCUAAGACCACUGGAAAACAGAUAUUUACAUUGUAAUUCACAGCAGUAGCAAAGUUUCAGUUAUGAAGUAGAAUGAAAAUAACUGUAUGGUUGGGGCUCACCGCAAAUGAGAAACUGUAUUAAAGGGUCGCAGCGUUAGGAUGGUGGAGAACCUCUGGCCUAGAGCAUCACAUCCUCCGUCCAGUACUGCCUACUCUGAGGCGGUGACUGAGAAUGUAGUUCAAUGAUAGAGGGCUUGCCUAGCAUAUGCAAAGAAAAAACUAGGAAAGCAGGGAGAGGGAGAGGGGGAGGGGGAGGAGAGGGGAGGGAGAGAGAGAGAGAGAGAGAGAGAGAGAGAGAGAGUGAGAGAGAGAGAGAGAGAGAGCCCCCGUGCUCGAGCUCUAAGAGGAGCCCCUGAUUACCUUGUCCUGAGGCUGGCCUGGGCCAUCCUUUCAUCUGUCCAGGGAGGGGACAGGGGCUCCAACUGCCCCCUAAGCUCUUUUAGUUGAUCUUGUGGGCAGGCUGUGAGUGCUAUUUGACACCAUUAGAUUAAGCAAGGUGGAGACCAGGCUACUCUCAAAAAAAAAAAAAAAAAAAGUGCUGGUUUUUUUUGAAUGUCACAAUCUUGCCCUUCUCUGAGCUUGAAAGAGGAAUGGGUGUGGGAAGGGAGCGCCUGGCUGGGGCGUGAAUGCUCUUGACACCUACUUUACAUCUCUAGAACUCAUCUUGGUUCAGGCAUUUUAGAUUCCUGAGGAAAGUAAGGCUGGCAGAUCCUCAAAAGCAGAAGGUGUCAUUAAAAGAAAGAAAGAAAGAAAGAAAGAAAGAAAGAAAGAAAGAAAGAAAGAAAAGAAAACUUGGGCACUGUCCAGAAUUGUGUUUGUGGUAGGAACACGGAAGCAGGCAUCCUAGUCACCCAGGUGUCUGGAAAAUGCCCCAACAUGGGCAGAUAAUUAGAUACAGGCUGGGCACAAUUAUGUUUUCCUUAUGGUGUUCUGGGGCUGAUGGCUUCCCAUUUUCUCUGGAAAUGGAGUUUGUGCCUGCUGGGCUGUUUUGUUCUUUGUGAUCAGAAAGAUAGUGCGAUGGCCACCUGGGAGGAAGACGUGCUCCUCUGUGCUAGCUUCCCUGCCGGUGCCGGGCCCAUGGCUCCCUCAGUACAUUAUCCAACCUGCAUUUUCCAGGAGAGGUUAGAGGAGAGGAACUUUGUAGUGUUAGACUGCAUCCUUGAUGCAUGGGGCUCAGAGCAUAUCUGCACUUCAUCUGCUUGUGAAUGAUCUCAGUCAAUGAGUAGCCAGCAUUUCUGGUCAGCAUGUUUAGGACCACAGUGCAGACAUUCUCCUAGCUCAGGGCUUGGACACCCCAACCACUUAAGUCCCGGGCAGAGCCAGUCUCAGCUUCAUGGCAAUUCUGAUUCAAGUUCCUGCUGUGCUUUUUCCUCUUAUUCCCAUGACUCUGGUCGCAAGGCUUAAUGUAUCAUAGUUUACUCAUUGUAAUACCUAAGCUAACAACAUCUGCCUGUUAGUGGAUUAUUAUAAAUAGUACAAGUUGGGGUUCAGGGAUACUCCCCACAUCAGUCACUUUUCUGGUGGAGAUCAAAUGUGACUUUUGUUCUGGUUGGAAGCUGAGGUUGGCAAGUGUGGUGAGCCAAUAUGAUGGGCAAGGUAUACCAUGAGAUGGUUUGACUUACUCAACAAGUCUGCACACAGUGGGGUGGGCUGGGUGGGCUUGUCCGCUUCUGAACAGGUCCUUUCCUCCUUGGUGUAGGCAGCAGGAGAAGUGUCUGCUUAUGAGAGGUAGGCAGUGAAGGUCUAUGUCUUACUUCUGUAUUCCCAGGGCUGUGUAGAUACUUCCUAGAUACUGUGUAGACACAGUGUAGAUACUGUGUAGACACUGGAGGGGUAACACAGGCAGCAUUCUUCCCCUGGCAGGAAACAAAGUGCUGAACUCGGUGUCAGGCCCAUGGUAAAGAGUUGGUCCCUGCCAUCUCCUGGGGAUGCAGUGGACAGGAUGGCCACAGUGUGCAUGUGAUAUUUUGAUUCUGUGUUGGUAUCUGCUGUGGGAGAUUACCUGACUUGUCAUUCUGGGGAGUGACCCUACUUAGAUUUGAGGAUGAAUUCAAAGCAGAAUACAGUACACUUGGAUGGAGGCAAUGGCUGACUGCUAGCCAGGGGCCUUUUCUUUUUCUUUAUUAUUUUUGGGGACAGUCCCUCAAUUGGCAGUGGAGUUCUCACCCCACAUACACUGCCUCUUCCUCUUUUUUGUCUUGCUGUGUAGCUGAGAUUGGUCUCAAACUGCUGAAUUUACAUGUCAUGCUGGGACAAUCUGCAUAUGGUGUGGCUGCUUACUGGCUUACACUCUUGCCAGGUAGAGUCCUGUCUUUCUGCCAAGUUCCCUGACCAGCCAGCCUAGACUUGGCUGCACUCAUGCCCCCUAACCACUGAGAAGGGGAGCCUCUGCACCUGCUCAUUCUUCCUGUGUCCCGACCACUUAGGAUCACUACUAUUAGGAAGUCUGGGCAGUCAUUGCCACUAUCUCUCAUAUACCCCCUUAACCUGUCCACAUACAGCACCCUUCAUCUGAGCUUCUGUAGUUCCACUCUUGUAUUUCUCAGAUUUUACCCUUUCCCUGUGCAUUGUCCCUGUGCACUGUGUUCUUGUUUUCUAGGUGGUGUCUGUUUGCCUGGCCUAGUGAGCCCCUUAACAGUGAGGAGAGGGUCCCUUGUCACUUCUCAUCAUUGGAACCUACUCCUAGUUGAGGGUGAUUGUCAUGUCUUGAGUUCAUGCAUCAGUUUACAGAGAUUCACCUGAGAGCCAGUCUCCUGGGGAUGCUUGUGUAUACUCAGAAGAUAGGGAUUCUGGAUUUGGUAUCAUGAGCCAGGAGUUGACACUUGUUGACCUUCUAGAAGACCCUGGUGUAAUGACCCUGGACUCCUGGUAUCAUAUGUGAAAGGUUAUUAUAAGAGCAAUCACAGUAUUUGUGUGUGUGUGUGUGUGCGUAUGUGUGUGCGUGCGUGCGUGUGUGUGUGUGUGUGUGUGUGUGUGUGUGUGUGUGUGUGUGACUUGAAAGUCCUGGGGAGAAUGGUAUGGGAAUUUGGUUGCUGCUCCAAGAAUAUAAACAGGAGUCAUCUACUCGGGCAACAGCCAGGGGCUGCUAGCAUUGUGUGUGCCUGGAACAUAUAGCUUGUCUUAAGGUUCCAGUCUCCUUUGUUUGGAAUGUAAAUAUUUGCAUUAAAGAUAUAAAGUAUGUCCUAGUGUGUAUUUUUAGUGACUGUACUUUCUAAACGCCAAAUAAGACUAUUGGCCUACAGAGGAUUGUUUUCCUCCAAUUUGUGAACCUGUUUAUAUAAAGAGUCUUCCAAAUGUACACACACCAGGCCAUGUUUACUUUGUGUGCAUGAGGGAACUCCAGGCCUCCAGGAAAGCAAUGGCCCUGAUGGAUCUGGGCUGGUGGUGGUGAGUCUCAGUGCGCACUGCUGCUGCUUCUGUCCCUUUCUGAGUUGCACAGCUAUCAGGAACAGUAGCAGACUUUGGGCCCAGGCCCAUGGGAUCAUCCAACUCUACUUUCUGGUUUAGUUUCCUGUUCAUGGGCUGGUGGUCCUGGUUGAUCUCUGUGUCUUCUAACCAUGCACUUUGUUUCAUAACUGUUUAUUGCACUAGGACAGUGAUUAUCAACCGUCCCACGCUGCCACCCUUUAAUACAGUUCCUCAUGGUGUGGUGACCCCCCCAACCAAAAAGUUAUUGUUGCUACUUCAUGGCUGUAAUUUUGGUACUGUUACAAAUCGUAAUGCAAAUAUGUGAGAUGCAAGAUAUCUGAUGUGUGACUCUGGUCGGGCUGUGACCCACAGGUUGAGAGCCACUGUUCUUGAACAACAUCCAGAAGAAUGGAUGUACCCUGUGCCCCACUGCCAGGCUGGUGUUGAACUGGCAGAUCUGUGUGAUAACUUCCUCCAUCAUCAUAUUUGGGACACUUUGGUUUUUCACUUGUCCUCUGGAAACUAGCCCAGAUCUGUCAAAUGUUUGCUUGUUUCCCUGGUCUGCCUUAUUUUCUGGGUUCAAAUCUAGUGGCUUAUGGGAACUGGGAUGGACCUCCUGCCCUGCGUCGGGGGCAGUCAGUUCUGGGACUUCCUCUGAAUUAGCCCUGAAUUGAAAGCAUAACAGGGUGAAAAGUGUCUUCCUUUCACAUCUAGAUUCUUGGCUGGAUUACAAAUUAAACUGACACGAGACAGAUGGACAGAAGGAGGAACACAGUUGAUUAUACACACAUACUCAGACUAGAACGUGGGAAGAGAGGGAGGGAUGGUUGAAGGUCAUCCUGAGCUAGAGAAAGGAGCAGGACUUGAGUCUCCAGGGGGAUGGCCAUACAUUACAAGAGGGUAGGGCUAAGUCUUGGUUGCAUGGUCAACAAACUCUGUCUUGUGCAGCUAAAGUCUCAGGGUAACUAACGCUGUCCUGGGAAUAAUCACCAGAAGAGGUGAGUCUGCCUGUGUAGGUGCCUUUCCACACUGAUAAGAACCUGAGGAUGGGGAUGAUGGUACACAGCUUUAAUUCCAGUACUUGGUUGGCAGAGGUGGGCUGAUCUUUGGGUUUGAGACUAGCCUGGUCUACAGAAUGAGUACCAGGACAUCUAACACUUCACAGAGAAAUCCUAUCUUAAAAAACAAAACAAAACAAAAAAGAAAGGAAGAAAGAAAGAAAGGAAGAAAGAAAGAAAGGAAGGAAGAAAAGAAAGCACUUAAGAAGAUAAAGCCAGCCAGAUAUGGUGGCACACCUCUCUAAUCCCAGCAUAGGGGAGGCAGAGGCAGGUGGAUCUCUGUGAGUUCAAAGUCACCCUGGUCUACAAACCAAGUUUCAGAGCAGUUAGGGGGGCUAUAAACACAGAGAAACCCUGUCUCAAAGCCAGAAGAUAAAGUUUCCAGGGUACCCUCCUCCUGAACGAUUGCCUAGGCAAAUGUUUUCUCAUGUUCAGCCAUCCAGGCCCUUGAGGCCACCGCAGCCGAAGGUCUAAGGGAGCCUGGCUUCAUUUUGGGCUUUGGCAGAAUUGGACUACUUUGUCCAGAUUGUUCUGGCUUGAGUGUGCAAAGCUCAAGAGCUGUUGGGUCGUGGAGACUUGUACCAACAUCCCAGGAAACAGUUGUGAAGGACAGGCAAUGCAGAGGAAGAUCACAUUCUGAAUGUGGAGCUAUAAAGAAGCCCAGUUUGCAACAGAGACCCUGGGAUGUUCUACAUAUCAGGAAAAGGGACCAUCUUUUAAAAGAUACAGGCAGGGCCGGAGAGAUAGCUCAUUGGUUAAGAGCACCAGCUGCUCCUGUACAAAGGACCCAGGUUCAAUUCUCAGUACCCACAUAGCUGCUUACUAAUAUAACGCCAGUUCCAGGUGAUCAAUGGUACCAGGCAUGUACGAGGUGCACAUAUAGGUAAAACACCCAUAUACAUAAAAUAAAAAGAAGAAAGAAAAGCUACAGGUACUGAGUGAAACCAGACACCAAAGAGGCUACAUGUGUUAUAGGUGACAAGACUUUCAGGGCAGGCUUACCUACGAGGAUAGAUGUGAACUACAGGAUUUGUUGUUUGUUCUGCUGGGUUUUGGUCUUACUGGGGCCCAUUCUUUCUUAAUGGAAAUGUUUAUUCCACACCAUUGUCUAUUCAAAACAUGUUACCUUGUUUUUGCUAUUACAGGGGCUCUCAUGGUUAAGAGAUUGCAUGGGUUGUAGAAGAUACUUUGGAUUUAGUAAUAGUAUUGAAGUUUGAAUGAAUGCAUUUUACAUUAUGAGAUGGACAGGCAUGUGUGUAGAACAGGAUAGGGAAGGCUACUAUGCUUUGAGUGUGAAAUGUCUCUUACAGACUCAUUUGUUUGAAUACUUGGUCCCCAUUGUUUUGGGAGGUUGUGGAACUUUUGGAAAUGGGGUCUGAGUGGCACCUGUGGGACCCUAGGGACAAGUCUAGAAUACUGUAGCUUGGCUGUCUUUCUGGUCCUAGUUCUUGUCUCAUGGUUGGCGACUGAGAUGUGAAUAGGGUAUGCUUGCUGUAAGCUCCCGACACUGAACAGAGUUACCUAUCUAUAUCUUUCUCUACCACAAUGGACCUGGAGCCCUAAUACAUUGUCCCUUGGGUUGCUUUUGUCAGACAAUCCAGUGCAGUGAUGAGGAAAGUGGAUGAAUCAGGCGACAUUUCCUUAUUUCUUAAAACUGAAGGUUCAACCUCUUAGGAGGAAGGUGAGGUGGGUGGAUUUCUUGAAGCCAGGAGUUAAGAUCAGACUAGUCAAUGUAGUGAGGCCUCAUCUCAAAUAGCAGCAACACACAACAUAAACAACAACCUUGGCUUGGAGGAUACUAUGGGGAAGAGGAGGAAAACAGGCCUGAGGCUGCUGGGGUACCAGGAGCUGACCCUUCAUGGAGCAGCCUCCUCAGAGCAAGGUGAAGGGCAAAUGAAGGGGAGGAUCCUAGAAGGCACUUUCAGGGCUAUUCCCCCCAUCUCUGAUUCCCACCUCUGGCUCCUUUUGAAGCUGGAAUGGAGGGCCUCUGUUGUCCUUGCUUCCCAGUCACUCCCUGCACCUCAUCUUGGAUGAGACUGCCUUCUCCAUCCACUGAACACUGAUGACUUUGGGCGAGGACCCCAGUUCAUCUCUGUCUCUCAGAGGGCACGGAGCUCUAGGAAUGUCUGGUGUCUUACUUGGGAGCUUUUCCUUCAUAACAGGCCUGGGAUACUGAGACCCCCACGGAAAAGGAAGUGAACGGGAAGGUGGCCCAACGGCAGAGGAGUAGAGUUCUACAUUACCCACCACCAAACAUGGGAACUUCCAUUUAGCUAACCUACCUCACCCUAAGGACAUGUGAUAGGGCCUGAGACCCUGGGAAGGGACAGCUUGUGGGUUCUAGGUGGUGAACUAAGGAAACACACAAUUCUGUGUUUAUACUUGGCUUGAUUCACAGUGGUGUGAUCUUCACUGUUUGUCAUUGUUUUAAAUACAGAUAACUGGUUCCAGGCAGGCCUCCAUCCAGUAAUGGGAGGGCAUUACACUGAAAGUGAGGAAAUAGAUGCUUCUAGGACGCGCUGAGCUUGCCUAAGGAAGUUAUCAGAAAGACAGGAUGAGGAAUGGAAGGGUGCCCGUUCUGAGAACUGUAUCAGCCUGGCACUUACACUGUGCUAACUCUGAGAAGUUAUUUGAUACCUCCUGGGUAGCAGUUUUAGUGAAGCGCCUAGGGAGCGGGGCACACGAAGCCAGAGAAGGAAGCUAGUGCUUGGGACCCCUACUUUAGAAUUCUCUGUCGGCCGAAGCAGGGAGAAACAUUUGCUCCUUGGCCGACAAUGGGGAAUCCAUGAAUCUUUUGCCUUGUGUAUGAUUUAGCUCAGAAUAAAAAUGAUGCAUUAAAGAGCAGGUGAGGCGUCCUUGCUGUCGGAGUGGUAGACGAUAGAUUUGCUUUCGGCAAACAAAUCAAUGGAAAAACCGCUGGGCUGCUCACUCUCCAGUCCUCAGAUUUACGAGAGGAAGCUCUGUCUGUUCACAGGGCUUCCCCUUCAGAUGGCCUAGGAACUGGCCGGGUCCCAUACUCUUAUACGCAGAACACCGCUCUCAUCUGACUGAUUUUGAAAGUCAGACAACAGGCCUAAAAAAAAAAAAAAAAACACAACUCAUUCAACAUUUUCUUUUAAAAGCAGCCCUUUUGAGAUACUCCAAAGCUGUGCUCGUUACUUUUCUCAUUGUCGUGACAAAAAAUCAGACAAAAGUAACACGAGUGAGGGUUUAUUUUGGUUCACACUUGGAGGGUACCGUUUACCGUGGUGGGGAAGGCAUGGUAACAGGAACACGAGGCAGCUGGUCAUGUUGCAGCCACAGUCAGGAAGCAGACAGAGGCAAGGUGCUCAACUGCCGCUCCUUUUCCUUCAGUCAUGGACCCCAUGCAGGCUUCCACCCACACUCAGGGUGGGUCUUAUCUUCCCUCUCCAGUUAGCUCUUUCAGGGAACACCCUCACGGACUACCACAGGUGUCUUCCACAGCGAUCUGAAGCCUAGUCCAGUUGUCAAGUCACACACGCUAUACGGCUCACCCAUGUGAAGCCUAUAAUGUAAUGUGUUGUGUAUCCACAGGUGUGAACAUUACAUCACCCCAGCCAACGUUAUGGCCCUUCACCCACUGAGCAAGAAAACCAGUACCAUCUUGCUUGCUGCCACCACCUGCUCCCCUCCCACCACCACCACCACCACCACCACAUCUAACCCUGAAAGCCACAGAUCAACUUUUGGUCUCUGUCAAUUGAGUUCCUCAACUCCAAAUCGUGAAGAACGUGGUGUUCUGUGGAUGGCUUCUUUCACUCUAUUGUUCACGUUACCAUUAUUGUUCACGUUAAUGGAGGUCUGUUACCGCAGGAGGUCCGUUUUUUCUAAUGGCCGGCCGGAUCACAUUCUGUGAGAGAGGCUGACCACAGCUCUGUUGAUUCCAGUGUUCCCUGGUGCUCAUUUCCAUUGUCCCCAGGUUUUGGCCCUCAUGAGCAUCACUACUGUAAACAUUCGUGUCUAGGUUUUUCAUGUGAAUGAGUUUCCAUUUCUAGGGUUACAUUCGUCUUGUUUUAAGAUUUUUUUUUUCUACUUCCAACAACAAGGUUUUAUUUUCCUUUCCCUGGCCCUAGUCUUGCUCUAUGCAUCUGGUCUCGACCUUGCUUGUUAUGCUUGCAAAGAUACUGAAGAGUCUGUUAACUGUUGAACCAAAAGGACCUCUGCUGAACAUAGUCCAGACCCUCCUUAUAGACCCAGAGGUCACACACAGCCAGGGAUGACUCUAGAUUUCUGAGUUACAAUUCAGUUAUUCUAUAUGCUCUUCCAAAUUGUCUGUAAAACCCCAGGCUUCCUUCUUGACCAGCCUGGGGAGAAGGUGAGGGUGCGUGGGCAGAUGGUGACCACCCUGCCCUAGCCUAUUCCUAACCCAGCAAAGGCUCGGGUGUCUCUUCUUCACCAGAUUCCAAUGAGAGCUGCAAGCCCUGGCGCCAGUGGCUUUCUAGUUCUUUUUCCCUGCAGCAAUGAGAGUCCACUGCUGAUCUGGAGGAGUAAUUCAAUUAGGAACCAAUUCAGAGAAUGAAAUUUUAUCUGAUCUGGCCACAUCCAUAAACAAGGGGCUGUGAUUGUGACUCCAGGAGACAUUAAGAAGUUGUGUUUUAAGGAAUUGUGCUGGGCUAAAGCAUGUGAAAACCUCCACUGGGGCCAAGCUGGAGAGGCCUCCCUGGCCAGGCUUGGCAGUGGACAAGAGUGUGCAGUCCUGGGGGUCUGGCUGUGUCCCCAGGCCAGCCUUGCACAUGCUUUGUUUCCAAGUCUCUCUUGAGCUUCACUGUGGUGGAUCUGCCUGUUCUGUGGCUGGAAUGGUCUCUCCAUUCAGGAGAGUUCUGUCUGAUCUUUAUGAAAUGGCUCUAGAAGAUACAGGGGAACUCUGAACUGGCCCUUUGCCACCCAGACCAGCAAAUAAGACGACCACGUGGCCAAAGUUGACCUCAGGAAACCAGAAAGCCAGAUGCCUGCUCUGCCCACUUAUACACAGAGAUGCACAGAGAGUAGAGAGGAAACCCCAGAGGCGGCCCUCUGUUUUGCAGAACUUUCCGGUGCUCUGAAAGGUGGGAGGCAGUGUGUAGAAAGAGAAGCCUGAAUUUAAAGAAGUGGCCAUACUAACAAAAGUCCACUAUGUGGGAAAAUGGGGCAAUGUGGACCGAGUCAGGGAGAUAAACAGAGCCCCACUGCCCAACAAAGAAAACAUCUGGCUUCUUCCUAUUCCAACUGGGUUCAAACCCAUAAACCUUGACAUCAUUGUUGGAGAUGUAACAUAAAGGUGCAGCAUACAGAGAUGCUGGAGAAGAGACAGGCUGGAUGUGAAAUGACCCAAGGGAGAAGGAGAAGCUGCCAUCAGUCCCUGAGGCAGGGGAGCGAAACCAUGUUGCUUUCUGUCUAAAGGGAAGCUUGGCGGCACUGGGCGUAUGAGAUGUGUCGAGGUGUACUGUUCAAAUUGUUCUGGACUGGGAGGUAGAGAGAACAGCCUGACAUGGGGGGGGGCAAGCCUUAAGGGCCAGUGAAGGUCACCCUAGAAAAAAGUGCAUGAGGAAAAUGGAGAUGAGAGGGAAACAUGAGUUGAAACAUUGUUCAUCCCCCUUCUCCCAAAUGAACCAACGAAGCCUGUCUGUCAUGGUGUGGUUGCUGACACUCCAACUAAUGACCUUUGUAACUGUAGAAGAAGUAAAAGUGGGAGGAAAAUUAGGGAUCCUAAGUCAGGGGUGCUGCACCAGAAACCCCACAGGGCUUUGAAAGACACAUGCAUCUUUUGGUUACCUAUUCGUUUGAUUGCAUUAAAUUGUUGGAGGCAUCUGGGCGUGCCUAGGUGCACAUGUGCAUACAUAUAUGUCCACGGAGCUGUAUGGCGCCUAUCUCUUUAGCUAGGAAGCGUACCCUGGAGCUUGGCAGUGAUUACAGUCAUCCUCUGAGGGGCAUUUGUAGUUUGUUCAUAUUGAAGAUGAAGUAAUCAGAACGGUGAUUAUGACAAGUCUCAUCUGUCCUCAGUGUCUGUCGCAACUUCCUCUGUGACUGGCUUCAUGUCUCGUGUCCAGAUUUGCUAGAUAUAACUCACUGUCCCUUGCUCUGGUGUGUGUGUGUGUGUGUGUGUGUGUGUGUGUGUGUGUGUGUGUGUGUGUUCUCAUGCUUUAGAUCUGUUUUCCUUCUCUUUGUGAGGGGUCCCACCCUCUAUUUCCACAGCAGCCAAGUCAGAGGCUUGGGCACCAUCUGUGACAGUGAGCUGUCGGCAUAUCCCUGCCUUUGCUUUAUCUUUGUCACUUGGUCCCUUUGAAAUAAGAAAUGAAUCUUAUUCAGGAUUGGAAGGAGAGUAUCUGACGGUUGAGUGGAUGCAGAGCCAGGCUGAUGGAUGGAAAGAAGGCAGGUCACCCAGCAUUAGUAGGAAUCUGCUCCCCACGAAGUGAAACUAUUCUGAAGGCAUGCCAGUCAACCUGUCAACGAGGAACCCAUAAUGUCUUCUAACCUCCGGUGUGACUCCUCGCUCUCCACUGAUGCCACUCCAGCUUUCUUUGGUGCCAUGGGGAAAACCUGAAGCAUGAGCAGAAUCGCCCCCAAACCUGUGGUCCCUUCACCGUUGCAUGGCUGCUGCAGAACAGAGUCCUGGGAUUCUUUUGUGUUGCCCUUUGCAUCUGAACCAAAGAAUGUGCGUCAUUCUCUAGCGCAUUGGUGUCUGCUCUCUUCCUCACUUGUUUCUGUUGCUUGUGCCUUCCCACCGUCUUCUGUCCUCACGGGAUACCCUUAAAGUUUCUCAGCGGACUCCUCGAGGGCUGGCCCAUGGCUCUCUAAACUCUCUGUCCAAGGACUCUACCAUGAGGCACUGUCUUAAUUGCUGCAUACAGCUGUUCCCCGAAGACGCACACAAACAGCAGGUUGCCUGCCAAGGAGGCCCCCAUCACAGUCAUCAGGCGUGCCCCAGUUGCAAAGGAGAAAACAAGAUUCUGUUCCGGGUGGACAGUAAGCAGAUGAACUUGCUUGCUGUUCUCGAAGUGAGGACUGAGGGCAACGAAAACUGGGGCGGGUUUUUGCGCUUCAGGAAAGGGAAGCGAUGUAGCCUGGUCUUUGGAUUGAUAAUAAUGACCUUGGUGAUGGCUUCUUACAUCCUUUCUGGGGCUCAUCAGGAACUUCUAAUUUCAUCCCCUUUCCAUUAUGGGGGCUUUCCCAGCAACCCCAGCGUGAUGGACAGUGAGAGCCCUAGUGAUGUGAAAGAGCAUCACUACCAGCCUUCGGUAAAUAACAUCUCCUAUGUGAAGGAUUAUCCAAACAUUAAACUGAUUAUUGACAGCAUCGCUGCCAGGAUUGAGUUCACAACCAGGCAGCUCCCAGACUUACAAGAUCUCAAGAGACAAGAGUUGCACAUGUUUUCUGUGAUCCCCAAUAAAUUCCUUCCGACUAGCAAGAGCCCUUGUUGGUAUGAGGAAUUCUCCGGCAGGAACACCACUGACCCCUACCUGACCAAUUCCUACGUGCUCUACUCCAAGCGCUUCCGCUCUACCUUUGACACUCUGCGAAAGGCUUUCUGGGGCCACCUGUCCCAUGUGCAUGGCAAGCAUUUCCGCCUGCGCUGCCUGCCACACUUCUACAUCAUUGGGCAGCCCAAGUGUGGAACCACUGACCUCUAUGACCGCCUUCGGCUGCAUCCAGAAGUGAAAUUCUCAGCCAUCAAGGAGCCCCACUGGUGGACCCGGAAGCGCUUUGGAAUUGUCCGCCUGAGGGAUGGGCUACGAGACCGCUACCCUGUGGAAGAUUACCUGGACCUCUUUGACUUGGCUGCACACCAGAUCCAUCAAGGACUGCAGGCUGCCUCUGCAGAGCAGACGAGCAAGAUGAAUAGGAUCAUUAUCGGAGAGGCCAGCGCCUCUACAAUGUGGGAUAACAAUGCCUGGACCUUCUUCUAUGACAACAGCACAGACGGCGAGCCACCGUUCCUGACCCAAGACUUCAUCCAUGCCUUUCAGCCUGAAGCCAAGCUCCUUGUCAUGCUCAGGGAUCCCGUGGAGAGGUUGUACUCAGACUAUCUCUACUUUGCAAGUUCAAAUAAAUCCGCCGAUGACUUCCACGAGAAGGUGACGGAGGCUCUGCAGCUGUUUGAAAAUUGCAUGCUGGAUUAUUCACUGCGCGCCUGCGUCUACAACAACACCCUGAACAAUGCCAUGCCCGUGAGGCUCCAGGUCGGUCUGUAUGCUGUGUACCUUCUGGACUGGCUCACUGUCUUCAGUAAGGAGCAGUUCCUCAUUCUACGUCUGGAAGACCAUGCAUCCAAUGUCAAGUACACCAUGCACAAGGUCUUCCAGUUUCUAAACCUGGGGCCUCUAAGUGAGAAGCAAGAAGCUUUGAUGACCAAGAGCCCCGCGUCCAACACACGGCGUCCUGAGGAUCGUAGUCUGGGACCCAUGUGGCCGAUCACUCAGAAGAUCCUGCGGGACUUCUACGGGCCUUUCAACACAAGGCUGGCACAGGUCCUGGAUGAUGAAGCGUUUGCCUGGAAGACACCGUGAGAGCUGAGUCCCUUCUGCAGAAGCUGGGCCCACUGACUCUGUCAUUGCUGUGACUUUAAAAGUCUCCAGGUGGAGAACUGUCGCCCACAGUGUGGAGAAAACCGCCAGAGCCCCACCCAAUCUCCUCCUCCCAAGGCGCCUGUUGUAGGAACUACUUUGAAAAUCCUCUUGCCAUGUUCAGCAGCUCUGCUUUUGAUCACUAGGCUCCUCCUCCUGAAGCCUUGGAAAAUACACUGGGGGUAGCGUCUGUCUGUUCCCAGAGUGCCUUGGAUCUCAGGAGGGCAAUGGAUCUCUGGCACCCAGUGGGUAGGAAGAGGAGGCUAUGGGAGGCCACAGACCAGCCCUGCCCUCCAUCCUCCAAGAGAGUUUGUCUGGAUGUAGAGUUGGACAGCUCUGGGAUCCGAUUAAAGCCACGGCUCUGGGGCUGUUCUUCACGUGUUAUGUCCUAGCAGGCCUUGCUUAAAUUGGUAACCCCUUGUGGGCAGAGAAAAGAGCUGCUCAGAGAAUGGAGGCUCUUUCAUUUCUGUUUGUAUUCCCAAGUGGCAUCAGAAGUAAGCCUUGCUCCCUUUGCUGUGCUGAGAAGAAACCCAGAAGUCAGCUUUUGGCAGCAGGCUCAUCUCGCUGACCUGUUCUGCCUGUAGACUUUGUUUAUGCCCAACAUAGAGAAGGAGCAUCUUUAAACAAACUGUUUCUUCCACUUGACUGGCCCCGCCUGCCUCGCUUUUCUGCUCCUUUGGAUGUUUUCCUCCAGUUUAUAUUUGGAAAGGGAAGUUCUGCUGUUAAUGUCAGGAUAGAACAACCUCAAGGCAUUGAACAGUUGGUGCAAAAGGAAGUGAAGCCCUCCCCAUUUGCAGAGGGUCACUGGAGAGCAUGAGGAUGCUUCCGGCUUUGGUUCUAGCUGGUUACAGGCUCCAGUCCAUCUUCCUGUUGGGGGAAUCGUCUAUCUCCAUUCUCUGUCAUGUACAGCCAUGUUCUGUAACUCACUUAGGGUGAGUCUCAAGACACCCAUGUCCUCAGAAACACAUCUCACAGACUAAGCUCGGGCCACGUGGGGUGUGACUAGGAGAUAGCUUUGCUGUUUGUGGACCUUUCCAGGCCUGUUAGCACCUUGGUUUGCAGUGGAUACUCUGAAAGUCUUGUCAUGUUUUCAAGACCCCAGGGAAUAACAGAGAGAACAAUGUGAGCCCAUUUGGCACACAGGACGAGGUGGGAAUGUCACAAAGCUUUUCACUGGAGUAUUGCCAAGGGAUGCUGCCCAUAAGGCUGUGUUCUCAGGUCAGGAUCCUGUCCACUGGCGUCAGAAAGCGUACACAUUACAUGCCCGACUGUCACUUGGGCAUGUGAGAAAAGCUGGGCUUUGGCAGCAGGAGGAUGUGCAGUUGCUCGGCUGUGAGAGUCCUUCUGCGGUCCACCCUCGUUGGAGAUGGGACUCUCGGCCCAUUGGAAGGCUCAGGGAGAGCCCUGGGCAUCAGCAUGGACCGCGCCAAUUCUGCUACUGAAGGGGCCGUGUGUCUUGAGGCCUGUGUUCCAGGAUAAUUCCCCCUUCUCUCACAGUGGCCACUUGGCUCAGUAGUCAGGGGGAAAGUCUGGCCUGAGUACAAGGAUGCUUUGGAAAAAAAAUGACUUCAGAGAAAGAAAGAGAGUGUGUGUGAGCAAGAGAGUGUGAGAGUGAGAGAGAAAGAACGAGAGCGUGAGAGAGAGCACGAGAGAGUAUUUAUUUGGAAUACCGUGUGUGUGUGUGUGUGUGUGUGUGUGUGUGUGGUGUGUGUGUGUGUGUGUGUGUGUGUGUGUGUGUGUGCGCACGCACGCUUACACUGAGUGGGGCCCUCUCAGCUGUCGUGCUGACGGGACUUCUCCAUUAGAGACAUGAUGCCUUCAUGGAUUAAUUUCCCCACCAGUUAGCCUGUCAUUUCCAGGACGUAUCUCCACCCCGCACCAACUACAAUUGUAAGAGAUUUUUCUUGCGCACUCCUAUGCAUGUGAAUAACAUGUAGCGUAAUUCUGCUUCUUACAGAAGUAUUGCCAAAGGUAUUAUUUCCAAUAUUAUUUGGUUCAUUGCUGGUCUUUUUAUACGUGCAGCCCCUCCCUUUCUACCAUCCUUGGCCAUCUAGACCUAGUUUUCUCUCUAUUGGUCCCUCCCCGGGGGUCCCCAGCAUUGCCUUUGCUCUUGCUCAGUUGAAGCCCCCUCUUGUUGCGAGCACAGGCAGUGUUUUGGGUGAUGGCUCUCAAGCCUGUCACCCCAAACCAAAGCGAAACACAGACCUGGUACCGAAGACACUUCGUAUUCCCAAAGCUGUGUGCCAGGGUGUAUGACACCUUCCCUCCCUCCCUUGUCAUGUAAGGUAUGAUAUGCAGUCGCAUUUAUUCUGUACUUUUAUUCGUAUUUAAAAUAAUUAAAGAUGGACCCACACAACUGGUGCCCAACCGAGCACGGGCCCUCCAUCACAA